AUGGCUCAGGGCCAGCGCUUCUGGGAGAAUGGCUACGUGGACCUGAGAGGCAACCCCUACAUGUGCAACAACGAGUGUGACGCGAGCACCCCCGAGCUGGCGCACCCCCCGGAGCUGAUGUUCGACUUCGAGGGGAGACACCCGUCCACCUUCUGGCAGUCGGCCACCUGGAAGGACUACCCCAAGCCUCUCCAGGUGAACAUCACUCUGUCCUGGAGCAAAACCAUCGAGCUCACGGACAACAUCGUCAUCACCUUCGAGUCGGGGCGCCCGGACCAGAUGAUCCUGGAGAAAUCCCUGGAUUACGGGCGCACAUGGCAGCCCUACCAGUACUACGCCACGGACUGCCUGGACGCCUUCCACAUGGACCCCAAGUCCGUGAAGGACUUGUCCCAGCACACGGUCCUGGAGAUCAUCUGCACCGAGGAGUACUCCACGGGCUACAUGACCAACAGCAAAAUCAUCCACUUUGAAAUCAAAGACAGGUUCGCCUUCUUCGCCGGGCCCUGGCUGCGCAACAUGGCCUCCCUCUACGGCCAGCUGGACACGACCAAGAAGCUCAGAGAUUUCUUCACGGUCACGGACCUGAGGAUCCGGCUGCUGAGGCCGGCCGUCGGGGAGAUUUUCGUGGACGAGCUGCACCUGGCGCGCUACUUCUACGCCAUCUCGGACAUCAAGGUCCACGGCAGGGUGCAAAAUGUAAACCUCCACGCCACGGGUGUGCGUGUUCCGACAACAGCCAACCUGACCUGUGAAGUGUGAGCACAACCACCACAGGGCCCCGACUGUGGGAAAGCAAGAAGAAACUACCCAGGGCCGGGCCUUUGGAGCCCGGGGCUCGUACCUUCCCCAUCCCCAAGGGGCACCGCCAACACCUGCAUCCCCAGUAUCUCCAGUAUUGGUAACUGCGAAUGCUUCGGCCACUCCAAUCGAUGCAGUUAUAUCGAUCUGCUAAACACAGUCAUUUGCGUGAGCUGUAAGCACAACACUAGAGGGCAGCACUGUGAGUUAUGCAGGCUGGGCUACUUCCGAAAUGCUUCGGCACAGCUGGACGAUGAGAAUGUGUGCAUAGAGUGUUAUUGUAACCCCCUGGGCUCCGUCCAUGAGCGCUGUAAUGGCUCGGGAUUCUGUGAGUGUAAAGCGGGAGCCACGGGGCCUAAGUGCGAUGAGUGUCUGCCGGGCAAUUCCUGGCACGCCGGCUGUCGAC